UCUCCGGUUUUUGUUUCUUAUUUCGCACAAACUGCUCCAUCAUUUCAGUAAUACUGUGGAUAACCACUGGAUGUUAAUGGAAUGAAUAUGGCUACCGGUAAUGGAAAUGAUUUUCCUGUUUGGGCUUUGCUGCCUAAGAGAGAAACUAAUGUAUCGUCUUUCUUGACUAAAUAUCCAGAAUAUGAUGGUCGAGGAGUAAGAAUAGCUAUUCUUGAUUCAGGCAUUGAUCCUGGUGCUAAAGGUUUACAGAAAACCAGUGAUGGGAAACAGAAGAUCAUUGAAAUGACUGAUGCAACUGGAGCUGGUGACGUGGAUACUUCUACUUGCGUAAAGAGUAUCGAUGGCUGCAUCACUGGGCUGACUGGUCGAGAAUUAAAGAUACCAUCUUCUUGGGAAAAUCCCUCAGGAAAAUUUCAUAUUGGUGUGAAAAAUGCUUAUGAAUUGUAUCCUAAACAGCUGAAAGAACGUGUGAUUAAAGAAAGGAAAGAGAAGUAUUGGGAUCCAUUUCACAAGCUGCUUGUUGCGGAAACAACUAGGAAAAUUCAAGAAUUUAACACUUUGAAUCCCAAUGUUAAUCAGCUUUCACAAAAACAGAAAUUAGAUAAAGAAGAACUGGAGGCACAGCUAGAAGUACUGAACAGUUUGGAAAGAAAAUAUCAUGAUGUUGGGCCAACAUAUGAUUGUGUUGUCUUUCAUGAUGGGAAAAAAUGGAGAGUUGUGAUUGAUACAUCUGAAAAAGGUGAUCUGGAGAAUUGCAAACUUCUUGGUGUCUAUUCAGAAACUUAUGAUUAUGCAAUGCUUACUCCUAAUGAUAGAUUGAAUUAUUGUGUGAACAUAUAUGAAGAUGGCGACCUUCUGGAAAUCGUUAGCAUGUCAACUGGCCAUGGAACACAUGUUGCUAGUAUUGCUGCUGCAUAUUUUCCGGAUGAACCAAACAAAAAUGGAGUUGCACCUGGUGCACAAAUUGUCAGUAUUGGUAUUGGAGACUUGCGAUUGGCAUCAAUGGAAACUGGUGCAUCUUUGACUCGUGGAUUGAUCAGAGUGAUUAAAAGUAAAUGUGACAUCAUUAAUAUGAGUUAUGGAGAGCAAUCUAACUGGUGUGGGGGAAGAAUACUGGAACAUAUACAUCAGAUUGUCGAUAAGCAUGGUGUAAUAAUGGUAUCUAGUGCAGGAAACCGUGGCCCAGCUUUAUCUACUGUUGGAACUCCUCCUAUUACUCCUACUGAUUGCAUCAUAGGUGUGGGAGCCUAUGUGUCUCCUGAUAUGAUGAUAGCUGAAUAUUCUCUUCGCGAUAAAAUGCCUGGCUUGGGUUAUACAUGGACAUCCCGUGGACCUGGAAUGCAUGGAGCCUUGGCUGUAAGCGUUUGUGCUCCUGGUGGUGCUAUUACAUCUGUGCCAAACUGGACUUUGCGAGGAGCACAGUUGAUGAAUGGAACAUCAAUGAGUGCUCCGCAUGUUGCUGGUUGUGUUGGUAUUUUAUUAUCUGGAAUGAAACAACAAAAUAUUCCAUAUUCACCGUACAGUGUUCGCCGAGCUAUUGAAAAUACUGCUUUAAAAGUCAGUACCUGGGAAGCAUUUGGUAUGGGACAUGGUUUAAUUCAGGUUGAUAAAGCGUUUGAUCACCUAGUAAAUUAUUCAAAAUAUGUUGAAAAUUCUAUUCGCUUUCAUGUCACUUCCAAUCACAAAAAUGGUAUAUAUUUAAGAGAUUCUCAGAAAAGAAACUAUCCAUCGUUAUUCCAUAUAACAGUUGAACCAAUAUUCUUGAGAGAUACUGAUGCAGAUCCUGAAAGCAAAAUAAAUUUUGAAAUGACUUUAAAACUCACUUGUGAUGUUCCUUGGGUUUAUGUGCCAUCUAAUUUAUGCCUUAUGUAUUCACCUCGAACUUUCAGUAUUCGCAUUGACCCAUGUGGCCUCCCUAUCGGAGAACACUUUACAUGGAUCAAAGCAUAUGACACGGCUUGCAUUGAAAAGGGGCCUGUUUUUCAUUUUCCGAUUACUGUUAUAAGAAGUCGAAAGUUAUCUGGCGAUAAAUUGAAUUGGAGCGAUACUCUGUUAUUACAACCUGGCAAGCUUUUGAGAGAAUUUUUGGAAGUUCCAGCUGGUGCUACUGCUGCUUCUUUACAUCUGAGCUGUCGUGAAAAUAAAAGUGAAUGUUGCCUUGUUGUCCAUGCUGUUCAGCUCCGUCCACAAAUAUGCUGCAAAAAUCAUGAAUAUUACAAAAUGUUUCGCUUGGGACCAAAGGAGGAAUCCGUUUGUUUCUUUUCUGUUAAAGAGAAACUGGUUUUGGAAGUUGUUAUUGUGCAGUGGUGGACAGCUUUAGAAUCUGCUACCGUUAACUAUAACCUUACUUUUCGUGGACUACUUCCUGAUUCACCAAGUAUAAGUAUGCAUGGAGCUGAUGGCAUUCACCGAGUGGAUAUUCAGUCUUCAAUUAUGUAUGAAGAUUUGUCACCAUCUGCUGUUCUCAAGAAUCAUGUUUUAGUUUUGAGGCCAAAUGAAAAUAAAGUUAAACCUCUUAAAUCCAGAGAUGUUAUUCCUGAUGGUCGACAAGUUUAUGAAUUACAGCUCACUUAUGCAUUCAGUGUGACAAGAUCAACUGAAAUCACCCCUGUAUUUUCUUUACUUUCUGAGCUUUUGUACGAGUCAGAAUUUGAGUCCCAACUUUGGAUGUUGUUUGAUUAUAAUAAGCAGUUAAUUGCUGUUGGAGAUGCUUAUCCAAGUAAGUAUGCAGCAAAAGUGGAUAAAGGAGACUAUACCUUGAAACUGCAAAUACGUCAUGAAGAUUCUGCAUUACUUGAGAAACUGUCUGAAGUGCCACUGCUGAUUUCUAUAAAAUUGUCUAGUAACAUAUCUAUUGACAUCUAUGAUAAGCAUUGUAAUGCUCUGAUUAAUGGGAAAAAGAUAAACGGUCAAACUGUAGCACCAGGAUCCACUGUUCCUAUUUUCUUAGCGCCUAUUCCAAGUGAUAAGCUUCCAAAAAGUUGUUCUCCUGGAAGUUAUCUUUCUGGCAACAUGACAUUUUUCAAAGAAGAUGCUGUAAAAAAAGCUGAUACUUAUCCAAUUAAGUACAUCAUACCAGAACUACCAAAAAGACCUAGUUCAAAGUCAGCUACGGAUAAAGAAAAAACCUUAGAAGAGGAAUUUGCUGAAGAGCUUAAACAGAUGAAAAUUAAUUGGAUUUAUAAGUUAACUGGAAAAUCAUCGAAAGAUCUAUAUAAUGAGAUGAUAAUAAAGGAAACUGAUAAUAUGAGUCCUAUUCUUCUAGCACGCUUGGUGUCUUUAGAUAAAGAAUAUGCAAACAUUUCGCAAUAUGAGCAAAAGAAAAAUCACUUGCUUGAAAUGGUUGAAUUAGCGGACAAAAUUUUGUCAGGUUCAAACUGCAAUGAAAUAUUAGCUGCUAUGGGCUCUAAAACUGACAAGAAAGAUCAACCGAACUUUAAAAAAUAUGAAGGCCAAAAAAGUUGUAUUAUUGAAGCUAUAGUUAGGAAAGGAAAAGCUAUGUGUGAUUUCCUGUCUCUAAAUUCUGAUACAACUAGUGAUAAAUCUGAGCAAGGAAGUGAAGGAUCUAAGUCUGUGGAAAAUGGAGAUAUAUCCACUCAUACUGUAUUUCCAGUGUUUUCAAUGGUAAAACCUGGGAGUGAUGCAAACAUAACUUUAGAUGUAGUGAAUGAAGUUUAUUCUGAGCUUCUAAAGUGGACUGAUCAAGCAGAUACUAAGAUAUUUGGUUUCACUGAGAAGCUGUGUUUAGCACAUGGUCACUUUGGAAAAGUAUUGAAACUUAUAUUGAAACAACAAGAUGAGAAAAGAACUUUGGAAAAUGAGAAAAAAUGCAUAGAGCUUUACCAAAAACUUGGCUGGGAUCACUGUGCUGCCUUUUUCCAAAGAAAUAUGCUUGUCCGAUAUCCACUGUCACACGCAUUAUUUUGAAAAUCAUGUGAUUAAAUCCAUAUUUAUACAAUAUUAUAUUAUAUUAUAUGUCAAAGUACUUGUGUUAAUUGUAUAACAGUCCAUUUUACUUUGCAUUCUCAGUGACAUUCAUGUUUGUGUGUACACUCGGUUAUAUGUUUUUAUUACAUAUAUUUUAGUUUUUAUUUAUUAUAUUUUGUCAAUCAUGUUUAUUGAAAAAUAUAAUUUCCUACAGGGUUGCUAUGCCACCAGAAAAGAAAAAGGAAAAUUUAAAAAAUUUCAAAAGAAAAGGGAAUUUUAAGUUUUUUAACCCCCUCCCCUCUAAAAAUGCCGAUCUCUAAAGAUUACAAGAGUAAAAGAUCGUGGUCAUAACUUCCAAAAGCGAAACAAUACUAAUCGCAAUUGUGUAAUGUGGAAAACUCGCCUCUUUGCCCUCUCCUCUUUUUCUGUAUAGAUCAUUCCACUUUCGAUUUACGAUACAGUUUUCCUUUUCCCACUCGAUUCCGGAAUAGCAGCUAAUGAGCGUCCACGAAACCUCUGCAACUGCGUAAAAAAAUAGAAUUCAUUUCUUUGGCAGGAAUAGCAACAUUCAAUCUGCGGAAGCACCACGGUGUUCUUAUUCUAGCAUACGUGAAUUUAUUACGUGGUUUGUUUAUUAUUUGAGAAACUGUGAGCUUAUUCAAAAUAGAUUAGAGAGUUUAUUUUUGAAACAAGGAGCUACUCAAAAUCUAUUUAAUAUGAAUUGAACGGAUAAAAACAAUCCUGAUUUUGUUGAAUGGAUUCGAGAAGUUCCGCAAAAUCCUUUUGUUGCGUACUGUUCUCUUUGUAAGAAGAUAAUAAGAUUAAGUAAUAUGUGAAAACAGACACUUAUUAGUUACUCCAAAAUAUUAAAGCAUACAAGACUGCAUGCCAGUUGAAAAAGUCAUCAUUGAUGUUGGAUUUGGUAUCUAACAGGAAGACAGGAGAUGACACGUCAAAUUUAAUGCCCGAAAUUAACAGAUUUCGGACUUUAGCUUUAAAUGAUUUUUCUUUAAUUAAAAAGUUUUAUGGGCAUUAAAAUUGUUGCGUCACAGUCUUGUAAUGCAUUCUAUGAUGUAUCGAAAAUAUGUUCAUUGAUAGUGAA